AUGCCCCGUUCGCGCUCACAAGGUGUCUCCCUGUUCACACCACGUCCGUCAGCGAGUACGAUAUCUCGCAAUCCUGGUUCCCUCGAUGUCUGGAUUCUAGGGGCUGGUCUUGCCUCUCUUACAGCAGCCGUAUACCUCAUUAGCGAAGCCAGGGUGGUCCCGUCAAGAAUCCAUAUUCUCGAAGCACUGAGCGAAGCAGAUGUGGAAUUAGCCAGUAAUGGAGAUGAAGAGUCCGGUUACCGCUGCCGCGCUGGAUGUAUCCCACUGUUCUGCGACGGCCAAGUAGAGGAAUUACUCGCGCUAGUGCCGUCGGCGACGCCUGGGAAAACUGUGUGGGAUGAUAUCCAGGAGCACUUUAAAGACCGUGGAGCAAAGCAGACGUUGCGGAUAAAGCACAUGACUCAGCGGAAAGACAGAUUGAAGGGAAUUGAAGCGAGGAAGCACCAACUGGGAAUUAAGGAGAGGAUGGAUUUGUUCCUCCUCUCUCCUAAGCAGCAGAGUGCGCUAGGCCGGUCCCCCUUCAAGAGCAUUUCUCUGCAGCGUUCUUCAAGACAAACUACUGGCUGA